UGAAGAUGUGAGUCCUUACAGUUUCAUAUCAGUACUGACUGUGUGCUGAUGAUUUAUACACCAGCUCCAGAAUAAAAAAAAUAGGUAACCAGAGUGAGAGCAACUCCUGUGCUGUUGUGGCGUCAUUCCUGGACCAUAGACAUCAGAGACACACACCCUCCAUAGUCCGUCGGAAAGAAACAACCGGUUACAUUAUGUGUCAGUCUUGUAUGAGCUGUAACUGAUUACUAACCAUUUGUGAAGACGUGGCAGAGCAUACACCUCCCACAGGUCUUGUGUUAGAGAAGAACACGUACAGACAGCUGAGAUAUUUAUUUCAUGCUGAACAUUUCUUCGACUUUUAUAACUUUAGUUACCUAUUUGCACGUAACAUCUCUGUCUCUUUACAUGGAUAUAAGUUACACAGCAUGUUGAUCAGGGUCCAGCAGAAGGUUAAUAUGUAAUGAAGAAGUAAAUUUUUAUUCGGAUGCUGCUUUGGAAGUAAGUGAACACCAGUGACAGAGUGCACCCAUUUAUAUCUUUAACUAGAAAUCCUUAAUGUCCAUGCAAAUCACAGCAGAAGACACACAGCUGUGCUCAGAUCCGCUCAACACAGCUGCUGGUCAGAAAGAAUAGAAGUCGGAGAGAUGUCUGUCCUGCAGGAGAUCAGUCAGAAUAUAAAGAACAUAAAGCCAUUAGAGUAUGAAAUCUUGGCCAGGCGACUUGGCCUGAUGAUGAAAGAGCUCAGACAGGGAGUGAGAAAACCCUUCAAAGAGGUGAUAAAUGUCUCCAUGGGCGACCUGCACACGUCUGGUCAGAAGCCUCUAUCAUUUGUCAGACAGGUCCUGGCAGCGUGUCUUUACCCUCAGCUUGUUAACAGCAGCAGACUGCCAGUGGACGUCAGGCAGAGAGCUCAGAGGCUGCUCGGGGAAUGUGUUGGGGGAAGUGUAGGUUCUUAUACAGCUACAGCGGGUAUACCAGAGGUUGUCCAAAGAAUCUCUGAAUUCAUAACAAGACGAGAUGGUGGGGUCCCAUCUUCCCCUGACAACAUCUACAUAAGCCCUGGAUCACAGUGGUGCCUCAUGAACAUGCUGAAGGUGUUGGUGAACAGCGAAAGCUCACCCAGAACAGGUGUGCUCAGUCCAGUACCGAGCCACUGCACCACCACUUCCUCCAUUGUGGGUCUGGGAGGAGUCAUCGUCCCCUACUACCUCACUGAGGAGAAUGGCUGGCAGCUGCAAGUGGAGGAGCUACAGCGUGCUCUGGACUCUGCAAAGGGAAUCUGUAACCCUGUAGUUCUGUAUAUCAUCAACCCUGGAAACCCCUCAGGUCACGUUCAAAGCAGAAAAUCCAUGCAGGAGGUGAUCCGGUUUGUACGGGAGAACAGACUCUUUCUUCUGGCUGAUGAGGUUUAUCAGGAUUUGGUUUAUGGUGAACAUAGUGAGUUUAUCUCCUACAAGAGGGUCCUGGCCGAGAUGGGUCCUCCUCAUGCAGACACAGUGGAGCUGGCAUCCUUCCACUCAGCAUCCAAAGGCUUCGUAGGAGAGUGUGGUCUGCGCGGUGGCUAUGUGGAGCUGGUAAAUCUGGACCCUGCUGUUAUGAAACACAUCCACACUCUCUUCUCCACAGACAGCUGCGCUCCUGUUUUGGGUCAGAUGGCCCUGGAUCUGAUGGUGAACCCUCCCCAGCCAGGAGAUCCCUCAUACCCCCUUGAUGAUAUGGAGAGAGAGCACAUCAGGAAGACGCUGGUUCAUAAUGUUAAGAGAGUGUCCGAGGUUUUGAACAGCCUGCCGGGUUUCUGCUGCCAGCCUGUGGAGGGAGGAGCAUUCGCCUUCCCCAGACUGUUUCUUCCACCCAAAGCCAUCCAGAAAGCCAAGGAAAUGGGAAUGCAACCAGACACUUUCUACUGUGUGAGGUUGCUCGAGGAGGCUGGUGUGCUAAUCCUGCCUGGAUGCGAGUACGGACAAAAGGAGGACACCCAUCACGUCAGAUUUUGCAUACUGAGCCCUCAGGAAACUACGGAGGAAGUUCUGAGACGCAUAUCCUGCUUUCACACACAGUUUAUGAGGGACUUUUCUUAAACAAACACAGACAGAAGAACGUCUUAUUUUCUUUCUGCAUCUACCUGUCGUUAGCUUGUUCAUUACAAACAAUACAACGAUUUGAUCAUUUUU